UCCGGGGCAGAGGUCACCAUGGCGGCGUCCUUGGCUCGGCUCGGCCUCCGAUCUGUGAAGCAGGUUCGGGUUCAAUUCUGCCCCUUCGAGAAGAAUGUGGAGUCAACAAGGACCUUCCUCCAGGCGGUGAGCAGCGAGAAGGUCCGUUCCACUAACCUCAACUGCUCGGUGAUUGCGGACGUGAGGCACGACGGCUCCGAGCCCUGCGUGGACGUGCUGUUCGGAGACGGGCAUCGCCUGAUUAUGCGCGGCGCUCACCUCACCGCCCAGGAAAUGUUCACAGCCUUUGCCUCCCACAUCCAGGCCAGGGCUACAGCGGGAAGCGGGGACAAGCCCGGCGCUGGUACCGGGCGCUGACAGCACAGAAGAGCCCAACAAUCAGAUUUUAGGUUGGGAUUGCUAGGAUACCUGCCUAAGAAGAGCUUGAAAGACUUCAUCACUCGAAUCACCGUCUGAAGGGAUACGGAGCGCCAAAAAAAAAAAGAGAGAGAGUCCUGUGAUUACUGAUAAGCCAACGUUUUUGGAACGAGACACGAUCAGAUAGGGGCCUGGACAAACUUGAAUUUAUUUCACUUUCUUACCAUCGCCCCGUGCUUAGCCCUUUUGAAUUUGGCUUCUCUCAUCACUCACUCAAGGUACCUCUUACUCAUCAGCCAAAUCCAGUGCUGUUUUUCUCGGUCCUCAUCUUUCCA